CAUACAUACAUACAUACAUACAUGGCGGCUGAGGCGGCGGGGCAAAGGCUAAAGGCGAACAAGCGGCUCCGGUAAGAUAAGACAAUGAAGUUGUAAAGAUGACUUCCUUAUCCCAUUCAAUGCUCAUCUUCUCUGUGGCUACGGCAGGCCCACCCAAUUCAUCCAAGGAGUACUGCUACAGUGCCCGGAUCACCAGCACUGUACUCCAGGGCUUGCCCUUCGGAGGGGUCCCAACUGUCCUUGCCCUGGAUUUUAUGUGCUUUCUGGUCCUUUUGUUUGUGUUCUCCAUUUUGAGGAAGGUGGCCUGGGACUAUGGACGUCUUGCGCUGGUCUCUGAUGCUGAUAGAAAAAGACGUGGGAAAAAUCAAACAGCAGAGCGGGAAUAUGUGGCCUCAGCUCUGCAUUCAGAAAAUCACGACCGGUACGAACGGCUAACUUCAGUGUCGAGCUCAGUUGACUAUGAUCAGCGAGACAAUGGAUUCUGUUCAUGGUUGACGGCCAUCUUUAGAAUAAAGGAUGAGGAGAUCCGAGAGAAAUGUGGGGAGGACGCCGUGCACUACCUGUCUUUUCAGCGUCACAUCAUCGGGCUGCUGGUCAUCAUCGGGGUCCUGUCCGUGGGUAUCGUGCUGCCCGUUAACUUCUCAGGAGACCUACUUGAAAAUAAUGCAUACAGCUUUGGGCGGACUACAAUAGCCAACCUGAAUUCUGGAGACAAUCUGCUAUGGCUCCACACGUCCUUUGCUUUCCUUUACCUGCUCCUCACAGUCUACAGUAUGAGACGGCAUACCUCAAAGAUGCACUACAGAGAGGACGAUUUGGUGAAACGCACAUUAUUUAUUAAUGGUUUAUCAAAGUAUGCUGAACCGGAAAAAAUCAAAGAACACUUCAGAGAGGCGUAUCCUGAGUGCACAGUCCUUGAGGCUCGUCUGUGCUAUAAUGUAGCAAAGCUCAUGCGCCUUGAUGCAGACAGGCGGAAAGCUGAACGCAACCGGAUCUACUAUUCUAAAGAAGAGACUCCGGUGAUGAUCCACCCGAAGCCUUGUGGGCAGCUUUGCUGCUGUGUGGUUAAAGGCUGUGAGAAGGAGAAUGCAGUGGACUAUUACACUAACCUGGAACAGAAACUGAAGGUGGAGUACAUGAAGGAGAAGGAGAAAGUGAACGAGAAACCACUUGGCAUGGCGUUCGUAACAUUCCAGAACGAAGCCGCAACGGCUCGAAUUCUGAAAGACUUCAACGCCUGCAAAUGUCAGGGAUGUGUGUUCAGGGGAGAGCCGCAGCCGUCGUCCUACAGUGAAUUCCUCCAUGCUUCCCGCUGGACUGUGACCUACGCCCCUGAUCCCCAUAACAUCUAUUGGGAGCACCUGUCGCUGAGGGGAGUGUCCUGGUGGCUCCGCUGCUUCAUCAUCAACUGUAUCCUCUUCAUCCUGCUCUUCUUCCUCACCACCCCUGCAAUCAUCAUCAGCACAAUGGACAAGUUCAACGUCACUAAGCCUGUGGAGUACCUGAAUAAUCCUAUUAUCACCCAAUUCUUUCCAACCCUCCUGCUGUGGUGUUUCUCCGCACUUCUCCCAACCAUCGUUUACUAUUCGGGGUAUUUUGAAGCACAUUGGACAAGAUCAGGGGAAAACAGAACCACGAUGCACAAGUGCUACACAUUCCUUAUAUUUAUGGUUCUAAUCCUGCCAUCACUGGGACUCAGCAGUCUCGACCUCUUCUUUCGUUGGUUGUUUGACAAGAAGUUUCUGGAGGAAGGCGCUGUACGCUUUGAGUGCGUUUUUCUCCCCGACAACGGGGCUUUCUUUGUGAACUACGUGAUCGCCUCCGCCUUCAUUGGAAAUGCGAUGGAUCUGCUCCGCAUCCCAGGUCUGCUCAUGUACAUGAUCCGCCUGUCCUUGGCCAGAUCAGCAGCCGAACGCAAGAACGUCAAACGUCACCAAGCCUAUGAGUUUCAGUUUGGAGCAGCCUACGGGUGGAUGAUGUCCGUCUUCACUGUGGUCAUGACCUACAGCAUCACGUGUCCUAUCAUCGUGCCGUUCGGCUUGAUGCACAUGCUGCUGAAGCAUUUGGUUGAUCGGUACAACCUGUACUACGCCUACCUACCCGCCAAGCUGGACAAGAAGAUCCAUUCAGGAGCAGUGAACCAGGUUGUGGCAGCUCCCAUUCUCUGCCUCUUCUGGCUGCUUUUCUUCUCUACAGUAAGAACAAAAUUCUUGGCACCGACGUCCAUGUUUACUUUUGUUGUGCUGGUCAUCACCAUCGUUAUCUGCCUCUCCCACGUCUGCUUCGGCCACUUCAAAUACCUCAGUGCUCACAACUACAAGGGUCUGACUUCAGAAAAUUCAGACGAAGAAUUCAGUUACAUGACUUUGAUCGACCGCAGCGAAGUAGAUGGUGGUGUAGAAUCCAAUGGUCAACGUGACAGCACGUCUUCUCCACCUACCGCCACGAUGUACGUGGCUCAGGUGCUGCAGGACCCUCAGUCUGAGCCCAUCGGAGAAGAGGACAGAGCGUCGCAAGAGGAGCCACGGGAAGGCGUAACCGAAGGCGAGUACCAAUCCUACGAAGACAGUCUCAUUGAGAACGAGGUGCACCAGCAGUAGAGACGGAGAAGAACAGAGGACAAGACAGACUCUGCAAAGUUUAGGAGCAGGGAACCAUGGCACAAUGCGGAGUCUAUAACAGACCACUGCAAUUACUAAUCUGUGGUACUGUCGCCUAUAACCAUAAGGUGCAAUUGCUGCUGUUCCUGUGUGUGUUGCUGAUGGCAGGAACAUGGGUCAGAUGUGAGGGACAUUUUGACCUAUUGAGCUAAUGUACAUCCUAAACGUUCAACCCAUCAGUUUCGUGUGCACUGAUAUUUAGCGGUAGAAACUCUUGCUUCCAUCGUCCAGUACUAGGCACGACCAGUAAUGGAGGGGGAGGGAGGAGAGGAAAAAAGAAAGAAAGCAGGAGAGAGAGAGAGAGAGAGACAGAGUAUGCAAAGCUGUAUAAGCACACCUUGUUUUUGAGAUUGUUGCAGAUAUUUUGCUGUGUUCUUGAAAAAGUUGAGAACUGUGACAUCGCAAUGAUCCCUCAAAGCAACUCCUUUUCAGAUCGAGUGACAUUCACAACACCCGAGCGCUCCUGAGCAUGGACUUGGGCUCUGGCCACUCACAGUCUGUCUACACAAAUUGUAGCUCUCAUUGACUUCUUUUCACUUUGCUUUGUGACGUCUCGGCGGAGAGUUUGAAGCGCAAUGUACACGGAUGUUUCUGUUGCUGUGGUGGUCUCGUGGUCAGAUAUUGCCUGCAUGAUUCCUGUUUCAGACAAGUCUGCAGUAGGGAGGGAGGGGGAGAAAGCCUUGUGCAUCUCAUGUUGUUUCACAAAAUGCAUUACUCAAAAGCACUAACCCAUAUAUUUUAUAGAAUGGAGAUGGGAUCAUAUGUAAGGUUAUUAUUAUUGUUGUUGGGAUGGAUAUAUUCUUUACUGUGUACAUGUUGAUGCAUGUUAACAAAACGUGCAUCUGUCUUAAGUCAGAGGCUAAAUAAGCAUGUGUUACUGGAGCUCAGAGAUAGCUUCCGUUCUUAGCGGUUUCCCUUCUUCAUUGGAAAAGGUUAAGGUGAGGGUCAGUCUCGUUCUGUGAAGAGGUUGAGGUUGUAACAUUCCCUGAUACAUAUUCCCCCCCAACCCAGCUCGUAUGUAUCGAGGUCUUUCAGUGCAGUAUCAAUGGAGCCUGAGUAGGUGAAUGCAACUUGUAUUCCCCUCAGCUGGUACUUUGUUGUUUUUGAUUUCCACUGCCGAUCCCCGGCCCAAAUCCACAAUACGUUGUUAGGAGAAGACACAGCAUGAUUAACACUCGGGUGUAGCCACAGUAAUGUGAGUGGAAAUCCUGAGCGAGGGCAGCUUGGCAAGACUGUGUGUUAAAGUUGGACAAUGAGUUGGCACAGAUGCUGUUGGAUUGUACCCUUGUCAAGAGUUGCAGAAACAGACACUGUGAAUGAAACCCGGGGACAGAUGGCUGCUUGAGUUUAAGGGUUUCACUGAGCGUUAUCUCGUGGGUUCACCCGCUUUUUGACCAAGAGGUGUCUAAUAUUGAUGCCGUUCAAUCCUCAACCCAUUGCCUAGAUGAGCUCUGCUUGGACUGGGGCUUGUCUGUGGUUUCCAAAUUAAAAUGAUGGCCAAUUUGCAAAUCCAGCUCUUUGUAACCAGUCCAUUCACCUGUGCAGAGACGAUGCUUGAGACUCACAAAGCAUAUAUUUCACACAACCCCAUUGAAAUGCUCUAUGCCUUUCUGUCCCCAAAAAGCUUUGCCAGGCUGUUGAUUAUAAUUACAUUUGUUUAAUGAUACUGAACAUCAGAUGAUGUUAAAGAUUGAUUUUUACACUUGUGUUUAGGAACUCUAGAAUGUAAAUUGGGUUUGGUCCUUUUAGAGUGAAUGAGAUUGUGUUUUUGCAAAGAGCAAAACAAGGAAAGGUUUGUGCAUGGGGCGUGAAUGGAACUGUGGUCCUUUGGGAGUGAAUAGGGUAAAAAUUGGUCCAUUGGGAAUGAAUGGCGAGGAGUGAAUUUGAGUUGUAUAAUGUUCUUGGUGACGUGAAAUGAUCUUAUUGUGCUGAUUUCAGUACUCUGUGGAUCGCUAACUGAAAAACAAGCCACAGUUAAUCCUGCCAAAGCAGAAUGCUGGAAAUAGAUGCAGAAAGUGACAGGUUAACGUGUUCUCACUUAGGCCAGCUCUCACACGCCGCAUUAACCUUGCUUCAAUCAGCCGCCCUUGCAUUUGUACAGUAGGCUGUUUCAGUUCAGGUUUCCAGUAUUUGCAGUUGUUUUCCACCUUAUGUGUUAAUCGUAUCCUCUGGCGUUACUGAUAAAAUCAUCAAAUUCUUAUCUUCAUUGACAAAUCCCCAUCUGGUCAAGAAGUCAUUUCCUGUCCCCUCGACAGUUAGUGUGGCUGAGAAAAAUUGUCUCCUAUAAAUAGCUAUAACUGCAAAAUCAGUGACUGUCUCAUUACCCACAAUCUGGGUCUCCUGUAAUUCUGCUCGCUCAGUCUCCUCCACUCCAGGAGCUAACUUGUAUUUCAACCUGUGAAUAUCUAGUCUUUUACAUGAACACACCGCAGUAUAGCGCACAACUUUUCUCACACACAAUUCUUUGAGCUGAUGUUUUUGUUGACGCAAGUAAGCUAUUAGACAGAAGUGUCUUAACAGCCGGCAUCGUUUGAAAUAGACCAACACUGGUUCCUUCCCAAACGGUGUGGUAAUGAUCUGCAGUACCGAUACGACCCAACAACCCUUACAGGUUCCUCUACACUCCCCACUCCCUACCAUCCCCUCUGAAACAUUCAACAUAGCGCUGCCCAAUAUGUGUGCUGGAAACACACUUUGUCUCGUGGACAGAAAUAGCCACCACCAGUCAAAUAAUCUUUUACCAUAGCAUUAGAUAGAGCAAUUGGGUUUAGCAUCCAAUGCAGCCCAGCAAGUCAUAGCCUGCGUUUCACACAAUGCUCCUGCUCUAUUCCUGUCCUCCAGUACUAUGCUACUCGACAACAUUCGUGUGAGACGGGAAGUAUAACGUGGGGGGUGGUGAAGGGGAUUGUGGGCAGACUCUGGGAGAGACCGAUCUCUACUCUCGAGCUCUGGUUCAUUCUCAUUCCACUGAUGGUCCCUUAUCAUUCCACAUGACCUUUGCACAGAAACUAUGUCGCUAGCCUCGAGUAGAAUUUAAUGAUGGAAACCAGAUUGUUGUACGUGGUCGGUUUAAGCGGGUGAGGUGAUGGGUUAUGGCUUCCAUUCCAGUCACCAAUGAUGGGAUGAAAAAGUGCUCCAGGCAACAGGUUCUACCCUGGUCUUUCAGAUUCUGAUUAAUUGCCAUUACUUCCACUUCGCAUAUCAUCUGUUCUGUCCCAGCUUUGCAGGGCCUCUACUCUCUGAUUUACACAAACCCACCAGAGGGAUUUGUGGUAGCAAUGAGGGUUGAGCUUUUUCUCUUUAACCCCCUUCCCCUGAGUGGCACCAGGGAGUUUCUGCUCUGGCACAGCUUACAGAGGUAAAAGACAUUACAGUUCAACUUGUCUUUAUAAGAUGAAGUGAAUUUUCUACUUAGUUAGCCUGUGUUUUUGGUGAUGGUGGUCAGAGACAGGGGAGAUUUUAUUCCAGUAGAUUUACUCCUGCCCUCCCAGUGUCUGUAGUUUGUCUGCUCAACUUCACUGCCCCCCACCCACACAUAUAUACACACACACUCAGCAAAGUAGCCUCUUAUCUGGAGUUAUUCUGGUCAGUUGUUCCUGUAGGAUUAAUGGCAUCAACAAAGAGGUGAAAUUCAUGUAGCUUUCUGUCUGUUGGACUGUUGUCAAGGAGAGUAGUUUUCUUAGCAAAAUCUGUGUCCAUGCUUGUGUGUGCGUGUGCAUGAGGCUGUGCGCAUGUAUUUAAGAGAAUAAAACAUCGAGAUCAAAUGCA